AUGGGCAACACCCCCUCCCACAACGUCCGCGGCUACGCGCGUCCGAAAGGCGAGCUCAACCCCAUGAAACACGGCUUCUGGAUCAAAGACUCGCUGCUCACGCACCCGAGAUGGAAGGAUAUGGAGGAGGUACCUGGGAGGAAGAAGAAAGUCGAUAAGAAAGUGGAGAAGGACAAGAUGGAGAGGGAGAUGUUUCAGAAGGGGUGGGAGGCGGCUAUGGCUGCUAAUGCUAAGGCGGGAGGAGGGGUGGGAGGGACGGGAGGGUGA